GAAGCUUGGAACAGUUGUGAUUUUAAUCUCAAAGUGUCAAGAUCGUUUGGCAGUUAAAUUCCGGAAAGAAGACGCUACGACAGCAGCCAAAGAAGCAAGAUAAGGCCGGCAAGAUGGCACAACAACAGCAACAACCGCAGCAACAAAAACAACAUCAAUUAUGGGGAGGACGUUUUGGCAACAAUGCUGGGAAAACCAACGAAUGUCUGGCCACCCUUAAUUGCAGUCUACCCGUGGACUCGCGGCUCUUUGCCGAUGACAUAGACGGCAGUAAGGCCUAUGCCGAAGCCUUGGCCAAGGCUGGCUAUUUGACCAGCGAGGAGUGUGCCACAAUUCAGACCGGCUUUGAAUUGGUCCGUUACGAUUGGAUUGAGGGUCUGAUGAAAUUCCUGCCCUCCGAUGAGGAUGUGCACACUGUCAACGAGCGGCGUUUAACGGAAUUGAUUGGCGAAGUGGGUCAGAAACUGCACACGGGACGUAGUCGUAAUGAUCAGGUCAUUACCGACAUGAAGCUAUGGAUGCGUAAGGCCAUUCGCGAGACUUGUGAUAGUCUGAGCCAACUUAUAGACACAAUGUGCCAACAGGCCCAACAAAACUUACAAGUCCUAAUGCCGGGCUAUACUCACCUGCAGAGGGCACAACCGGUGCUCUUCUCCCACUGGCUGUUGUCGCAUGCAUUCGCCUUGCGGGAGGAUUGUUUGCGGCUCUGUGAUUUGAGAGUUCGUGCGAAUGUCUUGCCACUGGGAAGUGGGGCCUUGGCUGGAAAUCCAUUGCAAAUCGAUCGUGUUUGGCUGGCGGAAAGGCUGGGAUUCGCCGCCGUAACGGCUAAUAGCAUGCAUGCUGUGGGUGAUCGAGAUUUUGUGGUUGACUUCGUUUACUGCUGUUCCAUGGUGGGUCUGCACCUCUCCCGCUUGGCUGAGGAUCUGAUAAUUUAUGCCACCAAAGAAUUUGAUUUCAUUGAAAUCGCCGAUGAUUUUUCCACCGGCAGCAGUUUGAUGCCCCAGAAACGUAAUCCCGAUAGUUUGGAACUGGUAAGGGGCAUGUCGGGAAAUCUGUUUUCAUGUCUGACGGGCAUUAUGAUGACCAUUAAGGGUACACCCUCAACGUAUAACAAGGACUUGCAGUUCGAUAAGCAAUAUUGUUUUGAGGCAUUCGAUAAACUGCAACAGGCCCUAAUGGUAACCCAAGGGGUGGUGAAAACCAUGAAAUUGAAAAUGCAGCACAUGGAGUCGGCUUUGUCGGCCGAUAUGUUGGCCACGGAUUGGGCCUAUUAUCUGGUACGCAAGGGAGUGCCCUUCCGCAAGGCCCAUCAUUAUAUUGGGGCUGUGGUGGCCCAUGCCGAACGCAUGUCUCUGGGCAUCAAUGAAAUUCCGCUGGGAGACUUGCAGCAAAUUUGUCCCCACUUUGAUGUGGACAUUUUCAAGGUGGCCGACUAUGGCGGCAAUGUGGAGCAGUACGAUGUGAUUGGUGGCACAGCCACAAUAUCGGUGACGGAACAACUGAAGCUGCUAAAUGAGUUUUUAAGCGGUCUUAAGAAGCUGCAAUAAAACUUGAAGGAGGUGGAGGAGAUUUUUUAGAGUUUGGGAAAAAAUAUUGAAAAAAUUGGAUUUUUGUAAAAUGUUGUGAAGAAUAAAAAAAAAAUUACUACAAAUGUUUUAAAUAA